AUGGAUAAAUAUGAAAAAAUCAAAAAAAUUGGUGAAGGUUCUUAUGGACAAGUUUUUAAAUGUCGAAAUAAAGAUACAGGUGAAACAGUUGCAAUUAAAAAAUUUAUUGAAUCUGAUGAUGAUCCAGCAAUAAAACGUAUUGCUAUGAGAGAAAUUCGAAUGUUAAAACAUUUAAAACAUGAAAAUUUAGUAAAUUUAAUUGAAGUAUUUAAAACAAAACGAAAACAUAAAUUACAUUUGGUAUUUGAAUAUUGCGAUAGAACUGUACUUGAUGAACUUGAAUCAUAUCGUAAUGGUGUACCAGAAACAAUGAUUAAGAGAAUAACAUAUCAAGUAUUAAAUGCAGUAGAUUUUUGUCAUCGUCAUAAUUGUAUUCAUCGUGAAAAGAAUGAAUCAAUGUUUUUUCUUAUCAACGUAGGUCAACAACUUGAAAUGACUGAUUAUGUGGCAACAAGAUGGUAUCGAGCACCAGAAUUAUUAGUCGGAGAUCGACAAUAUGGGACAGCUGUUGAUGUUUGGGCAAUUGGAUGUGUUUUUUGUGAAUUAUACUCUGGCAUACCAAUAUGGCCAGGUAAAUCAGAUGUUGAUCAACUUUAUUUAAUUCGUAAAACUCUGGGUAAUCUUAUUGAUAAACAUGUAACUAUAUUAAAAAGUAAUCCUCAUUAUAAAAAUGUGCAUAUUCCUGAACCUGAUACAAUUGAACCAUUAGAACAAAAAUUUCCAUAUGUAUCUGAACGUAGUCUUGAUUUUAUGAAAAGUUGUUUAGUAAUGGAUCCUGAUAAACGUUCAACAUGUAAUCAAUUAAUACAACAUCAAUAUUUUGAUGGAUUUACGAAUGAAUUCGAUCGAGAACGAAAAGAACAACAAAAGCAAUUACAACGUGAACAACAAAAAUUAUUACAACAACAACAGCAGCAACAACAGCAACAGCAACAACAACAGCAACAAACGAAACUUCAAAAUAAUGUUUAUAUUCCUAGUACAAAACAGCAAAAUCCAGGAAAAACUCUUCCAAGUUUAAUGGGCAUAACUGGAACACAUCUGUCUAAUGUUCAUUCAACUUCAACGAAUCCCGGAGAAUAUUUAAGGCCAAGUCGACUUGAAAUCUAUCUUGAUCCUGAUCAACGUAUAAAUGUAACGAAAUCACGUUUUGGAAAUUCUCAACAUGCAAAUGUAUCAACGACAAAUUUAACGAAUGAUUCAGAUUUAUCAAUAAAACCAUCACCACAAUCGAAACGUUUAGCUUAUGGAGAUAAUUUUACACAUUUUCCAAAUAUAUAA